ACAUGACGUCACCCGCUGCUCUGAGCUCCGGCAGAAACGCGCAAAGAUGCUUUGAAAGCAACACUGCAGCAUCUCCGAGUCAGAGCCUACAAAAAACAUCGCAUCUCCUUCAAGCGCUCGUUCAGCGCUUCAACCCCAUCCAGCACUAUCUACAGGGUUUGUUCACCUGCAUGCAGGAUCCUCUGUUUUUUUCUUUCGCCUCUUGUACAUUUCCCGUUGCUAUUUAUUUUCCGCGCGCAUCUUCUCAGUUUUCAGCAGUGAAUCUUUUGAGCUGUUCCGACCACUGAGGUCAUAUAUUGUUUUCAGCAGGAGAGCGCCAUCGCAAGCCACGAGUGGGGACGUUUCCCACAUCACUUGUUAUUAAUAUCAGUACAGCCUGAGCCACUGGAUAUCAUUCCGUAUCUAAGCUGCUACGGAGGAUCGACGCACCCCAAACAUUCAUAUAAUCGUGGUUUCACAUUUAGAAACAACUUAUUUGCGUAUCGCGUCCAGGGAAAACAAGACCGAGCCUAAAGCUUCUUUAUAAAAAAUGAUGGCCGGUGGGGCAGUGCAGCAAAACGGGAUUUUCUCCAAUCCGCAUCAUCACAAUCAACAGCCGCACAUGGAGUCUGAUCCCCCCGAUUCCCGCAAAAGACCCCUGGAGACCCCAACGGAGGCCAGCAGCACCAAACGCACAAACACAGGAGAGAGAUGCAACCAACCGGCCAUCCAUGAUCCACCAUUUUCAUCAGAUUUUGUCGGAUUUCACGAGGAAGGCGAAUAUUUCUUAAAGGUGCUGAUUCCAAGCUACGCCGCAGGCUCCAUAAUUGGCAAGGGUGGUCAGACUAUUGUCCAGCUACAGAAAGAAACAGGGGCCACCAUCAAGCUGUCCAAAUCCAAAGACUUCUACCCGGGAACAACAGAGCGCGUCUGCUUGAUCCAGGGCACUGUAGAGGCGCUGAACAGUGUCCAUGACUUCAUCGCAGAGAAGGUGCGAGAGAUGCCGCAGAGCGCUCAGAAAACAGAGCCAGUUAGCAUACUUCAGCCACAGACCACCGUCAACCCUGACCGUGUCAAACAGGCCAAGCUCAUAGUGCCCAACAGCACGGCAGGGCUGAUCAUCGGCAAGGGCGGAGCCACGGUGAAGGCCGUCAUGGAGCAGUCUGGUGCCUGGGUCCAGCUCUCACAGAAACCUGAAGGCAUCAACCUGCAGGAGCGCGUCGUCACCAUCAGCGGGGAGCCCGAGCAGAACCGCAAGGCCGUGGAGAUCAUUGUGCAGAAGAUCCAGGAGGACCCGCAGAGCAGCAGCUGUCUGAACAUCAGUUACUCCAACAUCUCUGGCCCUGUGGCUAACUCCAAUCCUACCGGCUCCCCAUAUGCCAACUCGGCAGAGGUAAUGCCGGCUGCUGCCGCGGCGGCGGCAGCCACAGCCUCCAGUCUCCUGGGGCAGGCCAGUCUGGCGGGAGUGGGGGCCUUCCCCACCACCAUGUCCAGCUUCUCAGGGAACGACCUGCUGGCUAUCACAUCUGCACUGAACACGUUGGCAAGCUAUGGAUACAAUACCAACUCCCUGGGCCUGGGGCUCAACCCUGCGGCUGCCUCAGGAGUUCUCGCUGCUGUGGCCGCAAGCGCUAACCCUGCCGCAGCUGCGGCCGCCAACCUGCUAGCCUCCUACGCCAACGACGCAACCACCAGCUCCGGUCACCCCGCGACCAGCCUAGGAGGAUUCACACUAGGCUCACUCGCUGCCGCCACCGGAGCCACCAACGGUUACCUGAGCGCUGCUUCCCCGCUGAUGGCGAGUUCACUACUGGCCACCGAGAAGCUAAACGAGGGGGCCAAAGAUGUGGUGGAGAUUGCGGUGCCGGAGAACUUGGUGGGUGCCAUUUUGGGGAAGGGAGGCAAAACACUUGUGGAGUACCAAGAACUGACGGGAGCCCGCAUCCAGAUCUCUAAAAAGGGAGAGUUUGUUCCUGGCACCAGAAACCGUAAAGUUACCAUUACCGGAUCGCCAGCCGCCACACAGGCAGCCCAAUAUCUUAUCAGCCAGCGAAUCACAUACGAGCAGGGUGUGAGGGCCACCAAUCCGCAGAAGGUGGGCUAAAAACAGGGAGUAUGAAAAAAGGAGAGAAAAAGAGUGGGGGAUGGGGAAGAUACAGAGAAAGAUGGAGGGGCGUGAAUAUCAACGAAAAUCAGCCACAUUCUUUGUGGGAAAAAUCUCAGUAUUAAAAAAAUAAGAUGGAAAAAAUUCCACUCAAAGUGGAAAAUUUGAAAGAAAAAUGUGUAAAAUGUAAAUAUGGGUUUAAUGCUUAUGUUCUGGAUUUUUAUUGGUUGAUUUUGUUUUGUUUUUGAUUUGUUUUAUUUUGUGCAUUUUCUGGACAGCAGUGAAUGGCAUUUCAACCUGGCAUGCUGCCGCGCUGCAGUUCCCAGCAGGUGGGCAAGGUGGUCGGAUGGGGGACAAUGGGGUGGAGCAAUCCGAGGAAUCAGCCCCUUCCCCACCCCCAUCCCCUCCUAGCUGACAGAUUUUUGUUCUUUAAUUUUUUUGUCCUUAGUUUAACUCCCAACCUUUUGCCUAUGCUUUCUCUUUAAGAGGGCCUGAGACUGAUUAUAUAUCUCCCCCAAUCUGUGACACCCCAUAUCCCACCCCAGCCCCACUCGCCCCAGCCCUCCCGAUCCCAGCCGACCCAACACUGCUCCGCACCGGGCAGGAUAGGGCGGGGGAUGUGAGGCUGCUGCAGGGUCUCUCAGCGCCACUAGACAUUGACCUGAGGUUCCAGUUGGACCAGGUGCAUGCCACUACAGAUAUUGUUAGCAUAAGGGAAGCUUGUAGAUAAUUUUGCGGACAUAGGCCAGGACGCAAAACACACCUGAAUCUUUCGUACCAUAGCUCCUAGAAAUUGUGGCAUUUGUCAAUGAGAUUCGAGAUCUGGUGUUUAUACAAACACUAUUAUCAUUACUAUUAUUAUUAUUAUUACUACAAAUUAUCAUCACUAUCAACCUUAUUUAUUAAUAUGAUUUCACCCAUAAGGACUGAAGUAUUUUCUUUUGUUUUUCUUAAUCUGUGAAUUCAGGUUGACAUGAAUGUAAAGACAAUAUUUUGGAUUUAGUUUUUUAUUUAAUUAGAUUGAAUCGUGUGUCCAUGUAAUAUAUGUCUUAUUUAACGUCCAGUGAUAACUGCACCGUUGGCACCAACAGAGAGAAUAGGGGGCAGAUGUACUGUACAGUGAUAUUAACACAAAAAACACACACCCUCAGCAAACUAUUACCUGACUUAAAUACUGAAAAUGCAACUAAACAUACACAGACUUGAAGUCACAAGUGGGAGUAGACAAUUUAUACACAUAUCUACCGAAUGAGAAUGUAGGUCUUUGCACAAGUCCAAGGGAGUGUAUCAGAAUACGACUUUACAUGAAAGCCAAUCCCUUUCUGUAACGUCCCAAAACAUAUCCCCUUAUUUACUCUAUGCUGCCCCUCUGCAGCGCGAGAGAUUGUGCACUUUGAGCCGCUGCAGUCGAGUAUCUGCGCAAAUCAGCUGGAAAAUUUGCAAAGAUAUUCCAUAUCAAAUCAAAAAUUGGCCCUCAGAGCUCUGAGGCGUUUCAUGAACACAUACUACUGAAAGACUAAGAACAAAUUCUGAUCUGCACAGGCUGCUUAGUAACAUGGUCCUCUCUGGAAAUCCCAGGUUGUGUUUCCUAUAGUGGCUGUACGUCCUGAGUCACCAGUAAAUCUAAUUCUAGAAUGGGCUACCCAUGUGAAGAUCUUCCUGUGCAGAUCUGAGCUACCCAUGUGCGAUGUAUGUGCUGCUAGGUCCUGUUUCCUUUUUUGUUUUGAAUCGGAGUACACUGAAUUUUGUCUUAAUGCACUGUGAAGUGUGGAGGCCGUGAUGGAAGGCCAAAAAAAGUCAGGGUUUCUCGUUUCAUCGUUAUCGCAUCGAAGCAUCACCAUGAUGGAAUGUACUCAUGUGGAACGUCUCAUAUUUAUAACAACCUCCGUGGAGUCAAGGUAUCGCUUACCAUAGGGUGGAAAGGAAGCCUGGAUGGUUUGUUAGGUUGAGGUCAGAACCUUCAGACCAGUUCUUCUUUGGGCAUCAUGUUGCAGUAUCCAACCUUAACUUUCCAAGCGUGCACUAACUAACCACCAGCUGACCGUGUAUAUUUAUCGUGAAGGGGCAGAGGAUGGUAUAUUCUGUACGCUUAAACUUUAGGUGCCCUCCAAAACUAUUCUGUGUCUAAACAACUGUUAUUGAUUCUUUACCGGCUGGAAUGAGCUGAAAAAUACCAAACUGCUCUUUAUCAUGGAAACCAUAAGACUUAAGCACCGAGAGCAUUUCCCAAAGAAUAAUUAGACCACAGAAAAACACAGAGUUUGUGCUCUCUCUCCCCAAAUGAAUAAAGUGUUGAUUCUUUCCUCUCCUUUGCUAUUGGAGCACCAGGGAGAGUAAAUCUGAACCGAUUGGUAAGGAGGCUUCUUUAUUCUCAUCUAAAAACCAUCACCUCCCCUCACCUCUUCUCAACACCCUUUUUUUACCUUCGUGCACCCCCAUUCUGACACAUCAACCCAGAGACCCCCUUUUCUCUCACAUCUCUCCAUGGGUGGCGAUGUCUGGUGUAAAAGUGCAUGUCUGCUUGCCCUUUCACGAAACAAUGAUGGUGCGAAGGGAAGAAGCGCCUUCAGAGUAGAACUAGAAGCUUGCAGUAGAUCAUGAUCGCACACAUCACACCUUCAAAAAGGGACUUAUUACAAGCCAUUCAUGUGUUUGUAUGGUGUGCAUGUGUGUGAAUAUGCGUGUAAAGGUGAUAGGUUUGGAUAGAUAUGAAUGUGUCUAGCAGUUGUGCCCAAGGUGAGGGGAUCUAACAAGCGACUGAAACAGCAAAGACUCAAGGUACUCUACUAUAAGAUUUUUGCAUUGUUUUUUUUUUUUUUUAGGUGCAAUUUUCAAACAGUAGGAUGUAAUAGUUCAGAUUUGAAGAUCAAAACGAGGAAGUGAUGGCAAUCAUGCCAAAAACGCCUCCGCAUUUUAGAGUGCAUCUAUGUAUUUGGUUUUACCCAUGAUGCAGUACUUCAUCAGACACUUCAGAGCUUGAACGAGUCUCAGUAGAUCCCCCAGAUAAUUUUUUUAUUAAAAAAAAAACAUUAAAAAAAAAUUGCCGUUCUUAGACACAUAAAAAAACAAGAUAUUAACAAGAUAUUACUGUGAGAAUUCAAUGUGAAAACUAUAAAAAGGUGCCAACAUAGUGUCAAGGAGCAGCUUUCUGUUUUGUUGUUUUUAUAUUCAGUACUAAAAGUACAUAUGGGGGGGGGGUUCUCAUUUGUUUUGUUUUUUGUUUGUUUUUUAGUAACUGAGAAAAUAGAUCAAAUGUGAUGAGUACUGAAAGCAAUAUACGUAGUAGCAUGUCGUCUUGUCUUGUCCUUUUAAUUCUGUCUGUGUAGGAGCUUUGGAUUUAUCUAGAUGUUGAGUAGAUUUGCAUAUACAAUUUUUUUAAGUUGUGAAGAUGCUGCUAUUGAAUAAGUGAUGUACUAAAAUUUAAGGUUACAAAACAUAUCUGGUCAGUCAUUUAGCAGGAUGUGGUAGUUGUAAGAGGUGUUACUAAAUGCUGAAUUGAUAAUGAAAUAAUUGCUUUAUCAAUGGAUUAAAUAAACAUGUGCCAAAAUAGAUCUUUACGGAUUUAAAUGUGAUUUAAACAACAUUAGAUAAGAGCAGACAUACUUUUGUAAUUUAAAAUAAGGAAAAAAAUGUGAAAAGUGCCAAACAAGCCACAGUUAACAUAUAACAUGACUAGAUAAGAAAAAUAUAGACAUUAGCACUAUAAGGUUUAGAGUUUUUUGCCCACUUAAACUAACUAGUACUUGUAAAAAAGAAGGGUGGGAAUGAUUUCAUAGGCCAAACAAAUGCAGGGUGCCAUGUGGCCAUUAGCACACACCCCUGGGGCUAAAAGACUGCCGAGUUAGCUUAGCAUGGUUCAAGUUUUAUAAGUUAUCAGCAUUCUUAAGUCAGCCUUUUAUAGUUCUGAAAAUGUAUUUUGUGAAGAUAGAUGUUAUCUUUUUUGCACGUCGAUAUUGCAUGAUACCAAGUGAAGCGUGGAUAAAAAUAAAAAAAGUGAAGACAAAAUAUCUUACAAAAAAAAAAAUCAAUUAGGCAAUGUGCAUUCAUUUUGAGGACAAAACUUUGCAUGGCAACAACAGUUUGAGCUAUCAAAUGAGCUUUUUUACACUUUUACUUUAUUUUUGGCUUUGCUAAGACAAAGCUGGAGUUUUUGUUGUCCAUGAAAACUAGGCCACAGAAACCAAAACCAUUCAUGGUCACGGUCACAUUCAGCGUCAUAACUAUAGCACUCAUUUUGUGUAGACUUAUCAAUGUUUUGUGAUUAUUUAUAAGAAAAACAAUGGGAAAAGUUGGGAAUGGAGGGUUUAUUUAGCGACAUUAACAUGGCCGUGAAUGUGUUCACCACUACAUAAGUUUGCAUAUCACUCUUUCGAUCAUGAUUUCAGGGCUUUUGUUUGCUGUGUCAGUACUAACAUCAUUAGGCUUCUGUUCUUUAGCUUGUUCUGCCAUCACUGCACAUUAAGCUUGACCCAUUCUUGCGAUAAUAUGCACUUUAUUCUUAUACUCAUACGCUUCACGCCACCCCAGAUAAGAACAGCCCUGUUUUCCAAAAGACAGCAAAUGCAGUGACACCGCUAAACUGCUCGAAUCCUUUACCUCAGACCUCCAUGAAUAAAGGAAAUGGGCGGUACUUCCUGAUGACGUCAUAAUGCAAUGAUGCGGCACUACUGUUUGCAUGAGAAAGGAUUGGCCAGAUGUUCGAAGCUGACCAAAAAAUGGCAGAAUAGUUUUUACAGAAAUUGAAAUGUUAUUUUGACAGUGUUUUUUAUUAUUACUAUUAAUGAUAAGAAGUGCCAAAAAGGGCAUGUUGUUGUUUUUUUCCACUCUCUCUAUUUUAAGGCCAUGCCGAGACUUCAAUAUCAAAAUUGCACUGUGCUUAGUCAUGGUUGCUGUGUUUUUUUGUGCUUAGAGGAGAUGGCGCAGUUGUGUUUUUGUGCACGCGUCUAGUAGUUUCUCACACGGUCAAGUUGAGAUGAAUGCAAACUUAUGGUUUAGCUGAUGUCGAGAGGGUCAUUGCUUUUAUGUGGGCGCACAGCUAGAGCUCAUCGCUCUUCCCAAACCCCACACGGCCCCAGUUCAACCCCACCCCGGCUCCCCCACGCCAUCAGAAGAUGACAACCCGGGGUCACUCUUGAGCUCGUAACCAUUAUAGCACCAGCAAUGUUAGAAUACAUUUGUCAUAUCACUGUUCUGUUCUCUUUUUUAUUUUCCUGUUUUUAUUUGUACGACACUCUCUAACCUAGACCAAGUAUAACAAAAAUGUCAUUCAUAUGUAUCCUGUUUACUCUCCCUUUUUCUCCCUUUUGCACUUUCACUGCUCCCCUUUUUUCCAACCACUCCCCACUCUUCUGCCGACCUCCCCCUCACACCCUCCCAGACUUUCUCCUGAGUGCCAAACAAAAACAGUACCAUUCCAAACUUUUUGAGUUCUCUUGUAUGUUGGACAUCCAUUGGACGCACCCAUGAAGCCAGCAUGUUUCUCCAUAACAUGAUGUCAGUCAUGACGCCUCAACAUUACCCAAAAAGCGAGCAGUAAAAGCAAGACCUGGAUUAACAUGGUAAAAACACGGCUGGCUGCCUCUCAUAAACUGCUUUUCCUAAUUCUGUCAUCUCUUCAACCUCCAGGACAUCACUGAUUGUGUGCCAUAAUGUUGGGGGCACUGUCACUCUCCUCACCCCUGAGUCUCUCCAUUUGAUUUUCUCAAUGGAAAACAUUACACGCAAGCAAAGAAAAACACAAUCCAUUUUAAUGGCAGGUUUCUUUUUGUUCCUUUAGCAUAAAACAUGCUUAAAAAAAAAAAGCUGAGGAGUGUGUAAACAUCAGCCGUGCAGCCAUCUUCUGUCUUCUGAACUUUGAACUUCUCACCCCUCAUGAACUUUAUUGACCUUCUUCCUCCCCUUCUAUGUUCAUCAACUGUUUGGACUUAAAAUCUCCAUUCCAUCUCCAAUUCUUUUUGAGACUGUGCAAUUCUAGAUGAGAUGAUUGGAUUUAUUUCCUUUUUUAAGUCAUCAUUGGGGACGAAAAAUAAUAAUAAAAGUGACACACAAAAAGAAAAAAAAAUCAAUAAGAUCCAAACUGUUUCCUCCACAAUUUCAUUAUUUUUCUCUCACUGUAAAUAUCUGUCAAAUUUGGUUAAACUGUAACCAGAAACGUGUUCAACGUAAUGGGGCUGGCAGCAUAAAAUCGCUUAUGUGGGGUGCUCUUAUGAGCCGCCGAUAGAAAGUUGAAUUAAACUAAACUAAAGCAGCUCUAAGAAAGAAUGAUUUGCUACUUGAUUAACAACUGAACAUGGUUAUAGAUAUUCAUCUGAAAAUGGUUAUAGAGCCACAUUCGCAGCACUGAGACCAUCAGGUGGUCAAAAUAUCGAUCUGGCCCCUCCAAAUAAUGCAUAAUCACUACUAACCACUAAGGUAGACUAAGAUUAGUGUAGGUUUCAUACUUAAAUUGAUGCUAGUUGCUAUCUCAUUGUACAUAUCAGACGUGUCGAGUCUAAAUUGUGAUACGUGUCGAUUAGGUGUCUUGACCAUUGCAACAUCUGUUCACAAGACAAAAUUGUUUCUCUGUAAUGCCGAAUUAUCAUUUUCAUGUGUCUCAACCAUGCUUGAGCUCCACAUCUAAUGUUUCUAUGCUGCCAGCUUUGUUUUCUGAUAACCCUUCAUGAGCUUAUUUAUUUUCAAACUACUAUACACUAUUAAUAAAUGGCAUCACGAAACUAGGCAAAAGGGAAUGACUGGAAAGAUGAAUUACUGUUUUGUUUUUAGUAUUUUAGUGGUUUCUUUUAACAUCAUCCAUUAACUGACUUAAAAAAAGUAUUAAAUAUUUAAUGUAACUGUAGCAUUGUGUUGUACAAAAAAUAGUGAGUUGUGUUUCUUGACUUGUGGAUUACCAGUGAAGUCAGCAGUUUAGUGCUAAUAUCUAUUAAGUCGUUCCUUUUUCUUUGACCCUUUUUCUUUUUUAUUUAAGGGUUAUUAUUUUCCGACAGCAACAGCAGUCAUUAUAAAUGUUCAUUUUACCAUCA